UUAUGGAGUGUGUUGCUAUUAUUUCAGGUGGAGUAUGAUUUUCAAUAUUAUAAAAUGGAAAUGGCCACUGACGCUCAAAUGCUCAUCUUCUCCGAGGGGAAAUCGAACAUAAUGCCUGCUGAUUUGGUUGUACCGUUUCAACCUUCCCAAGUGAACUCAUUGCAAGUCAUCACACCAGAAACAGCAGAAGCUUGGAGGUGUUACUUAGCUACUUGCAAAUCGUUAUCCAACUCCAUUGGGGAGGAGUUGCAACAGGUACUGGAGAAUGAUUUGGUUGAAUUAAGGCAAACGGAUCGUAGUUUAGGCAGCCAAGACUUGAGCAGAUUGUUGACAAUGGCUCGCAUGAUGUCUGUGAGUUAUGGGGAGACCACUCUUUCGCUAGAGGACUGGCAAAUGGUGUUGGAACUAGAAAGACUAAGAAAGGAGAGGCUCAAGUAAAAAGCGCCUCUUCUGGAUUGUUUGGUAUGUUGUAAUCUCUACUGAGUUAUGAUUAAGAAGAAGAAGCGUUUCCUAUCUAUUUACUGAGCACCAAAAACGUGACCAAAGUUCAUUGGAACUCAGUUCCUACCUGAUUUCUUUU